AUGGCGAAUAGCACCAUUAUCCCGGCCAUGGAGCCGCCUCCUGGCCAGGUCUCCAACUUUGUGGAUCCGCCCUACUCUGGCGCCAAAUUCGUCGUGGUGAAUUGUGUGUUUCUACCGAUUGCGCUGAUAGCGCUGGCGGUGCGAACAUGGACGCGUGUGGUUGUCGUGCGGAGCGUAGCGUGGGAUGACUCUGACCCCAUAGCAGAUCUUGUCGACGGUUAUGACCGGAGUCACUCUGAAGAUCACGGCUUCCGAUUGGCCGUGUGGUCGAUCGUUUUCGUCGCCGUGGGCUACAAUGUGGCCAGUGUACUGGCCAAUGUGUUUAGCUGUACGCCGAUCGCGGCAGCGUGGGACUUGCGCUUGACGGCACACUGCAUGAACAGGCCGGUGUUUUAUUUUGCUAAUGCGGGAUUGGGCAUCUUUACUGAUUUCGCGACGGUGUUGGUGCCGAUUCCGUGGUUGCGGCGAUUGCAGAUGCCGGCGCGACAAAAGGUCGCCGUCGGGUCUAUGCUGGCGAUGGGCUGUUCGGUCGGCAUCGUGAGUUGCAUCCGACUGGCAAGUCUAUAUGUUCUACUGAAGAGCACCGAUCUAACCUGUGGCUGCAUGACGGCCAUGCGUCCGUUUGUGCGACGAUACUUCCCCAGACUGCUGGGCCUGUCGUCCUACGCAUACGGCCAAUCAGGAUCACGGAAGUAUGGACAUCCACUGAAUUCCAUUCCUCGCGACCAGCCUGACUUCAAUAAUGGGAGUCGGCAAUAUUCGACGCGAUUGCAGGGUGGCGCCGACAAUGAAAGCGAGGAGAACAUCCUGCCGGCCGAAACGUGUAAAGGGGAAGAUAGGAUCCUCCGAACAGUGGAGUUCAACGUGGUCGACACCAGACAUGCUGGGGCAUAA